AUGGCUGAUCCCAAACCUGCACUUGAAGCAAAUGUCGCUGCUCCGCGGGAGCACAACACCCAUAAAGUGACCUGGUACAGAUCGACGUACUGGAAUUGCUUCAUCCUGGGCCUCUGCAAUUUCCUGGCACCUGGGAUAUGGGGCGCAAUGAACUCAUUGGGCGCAGGAGGCAUGCAGCGUCCGUAUUUGGUGAAUGCCGCGAACGCCAUAUCUUUCAGCCUCAUGGUUCUUUCCUGCUUCUUCUCCAGCACUGUCGUUCAUUACAUUGGAGUCAAGUAUACAUUGAUCUUAGGUGCAAUGGGAUACGCGCCAUAUGCCGCUGGACUGUACACAAAUAACAAAUUCGGCACGGAGUGGUCUGUAUUGUUAGGGGCGGUUCUUUGUGGGCUAGGAGCAGGAUUGUUUUGGAUGUCCGAAGCAGCCAUUGCGCUCUCUUAUCCGGAGCCGUACAACAAAGGGCGAUUCCUAGGUUUCUGGCUCAGCUUCAGACUUGCUGGCCAGGUUCUUGGUGGCGCUAUCAAUCUUGGAAUAAAUGCUGAUAGGAGAGAGGCCGGCAGUGUCUCAUACGCUGUGUACCUGGUAUUCAUCGCACUUCAGUCACUUGGCCCGUUUAUUGGACUCCUGAUAAGCAAGCCCGAGAACGUCCAGCGAACCGAUGGACUGAAAGUGAAGUUAUCAGUUGACCAUUCCCCUUGGAGCGAACUCAAGUCUACCGCCAAACUCUUUAUCACCAAGAAGUACCUCCUCACAAUCCCAUUCAUAGCCCAAGGAAUUUAUACUGAGGCGGUCAUGUUCACGUUUUCUUCUCUUUGGUUCUCAGUUCGUGUGAGAGCCCUUGGCUCUUUUCUGUCAGGUGUUGUGGCUAUCAUUUCUGGUAAUCUUCUUGGGGCAUUUCUUGAUUACAGCAACAUCUCAAUAAAAAAACGAGCCAGAUAUGCAUUUGUAGUUGUGGCUACUUUGCAGGGUGGCUGGUUUAUUUGGGCGACAAUCCUAGUGACUGGCUACAGAAAGAGUCUUCCCACCUUUGACUGGUUGGAUAGCGCAUUCGGAUCGCCAUUCGCCUGCUUUCUGUUCUUGAUCAUUGGCUUCCAGCUAAACUACAUGUUCUUCUACUUCAUUGUUGGUAAUCUCGCAGAAUCCCCGGAAGAGGUUGUUAGAAUCUCAGCACUGCUUCGGGGAACAGAGUCCGCAGUGCAAGCUGUCAGCUAUGGAUUGAACUCCUUGGAGUCUUUUGCUGCAGUUGGAGGGUUCUACUUGAACUUUGGCCUUUGGGGUAUCAGCUUAUACCCAGCAUGGCUUGUAAUUAGGCAAAUUGGAAUCAUUUACAAUGGGCCCAAAGAGUUCCAAGCAGGCUCGGAGACGGACAGCCCAGAAAGUUCAGGGCAACCAUCAGCACCAGUGACGGUUGAAGUUGGGAAUAAAUAG